CUCUCUCUCUCGCUCGCGCACACACACACACACACACAUAUACUCACACUCACAAAACAACGUUGCUCUUCUCUGCAACACAGAAUACGAGAACGCUGCUGUGCCUCUUAUGGUCACCGCCUCCCCCUCCCCACCGGCUUCCGUUAAAGAAACCCAUACAUUAAUGAAGAGUGAACCCACCGAAUCUUUUUCACCCAUCUUCCUACACACCACAACUGCUCACAUACCUACUUUGACAUUCGCGCCGCUGAACACCGUCGCCAGCAGACGGCUAUCCAUACACUUCUCCCUCAAGCUCUCUCGAGCGACAACCUGCUUCAAUCCCUUCAACUCCCCCGAGAUGUCUUCCACAGCCGUUCCUCGACAGCCCACUUCGACCGGAUCUACUCCAGGCAUGCCCCCUCGAUCUGUGGAUGGUCCUGCCGUAGAGGUCCGCUGCUCUAGGUGUCAGCUUUCCCUCAGUCCUGAAAAGUCCGUGCAAUUCGGCAUCAACUGCUACUACUGCCCACGCUGCGCCUCGAUGGUGGGAUACAAACGCUGAACAUCGGCCUCAUCAUCAUAACCGGCAACACAAAUCGGAAACUACGGGGAAAAAUAAAAGAAGAAAAGAAAACAAGACUUCCUCACAAGGACUAUUAAACGGGACACGGAUUUUACCGUACACAGGGGGCAUGAUACCGGCGAAACUUGAUCUCCAUAUACAUCUCGUUCGUUCGCCUCCCCGCUCGACACGGAAUUUUCUUUCAAAUCGCUGGCGAAAAAAAAGACAAUAAUGAUAAUACGCUAUACUCCGACCCAGAAGGGGAAACAGUUGCUCGCUGGCACCGGUUGAUUGCGUAUUACGCGAAGAAUGGGUAGAAAACUAUAAAAUACCCAGAUCCCCAACUAUCGCCCACUCCCAACUCGAACGUCAUGCAGCUUUCGGCGUGGAAGCGUGCAGAUUUCUAAACAGCCAGUCGUGUGCCUCGUGAUCCCCUGGCGGGAUCAGCCUGACACCCAUGUGGUCCAAACCGCAGCCACCGCCUUUGCUGCAACCGCAGAUGAAAGAAAUAAAAGAAAAACCACAGAAACGCCAACAAAAAGCACCACCACAAAAGAUCCGACUACCCACCAAGCACACCGCCAAUCCCCGACGCUCAUCAGAUCGCGAUCGAAACGGGCCUUUGUCGACUCCCUUGAAAUUUACCGACCGAAAAAAAAAAAAAUAUAAUAAUAAUAAUAAAGUAAAAAAAAAAAAAAGGAAAGGAAAGGAAAACAAAACAAUAAUAAUAUAAACGCCAAAUUACUCCGUACACGUUGUAUAAUAACAUUUACCUCUCCCUGAAUUCCCUUCCAUGAUGAAGUUACGACAUAUUGCUUGUUUGAGCGUUUAAGCGACAUUAGAAAAUGCGGAUCUCUUUUUUUUUUUUUGUUUUUUCUCUCUACUUAUUUCCACUCUGUUUUUACUCAUCACUCCGUGCUUGCUGCGACUGAGGCGGAUUUGAAAGAUUCCUGAAUAUGUAUAUCACAUUUUAAUCCAUUCAUCCGGAGUUACGGGCUGGAGGAACAUUGUCUUUGAGCAAAUCUCAUUGUUAUACCGGUGUGGCGUCAAUUGCCGCAACCUGAGUGUUAUAUACCAUUUUUGACUUCGGCUUCUCUACCCGGUCUGCUAAACGAUGCGAUGUGAAAAAUGCGAUCGUGUGAAAUGACCUGGACUUAUAUACAUACACACACUCCUCCACACAGUA